AUGGUUGACAUCACAAUAGAAGCAAUGAAGCCUGCAUUUCCUGCAUCCACACCCUCUCUUGUCUCACAAGAAGUAUUUACAUCGACACCUUCUUCCGCAACUUCUACUGGAUCUUUAAUCAGUAAAGCGACCGAUCGUAUUCAAAAUCGUUCUAACAAUAAUGAUCAUACAUCAUCUGCAUUCAUCUCACAAACCACUACUCUUACUCCAGGCAAUCAUCAUCACAAUAGUAAUUCAAUUAAUAUUAUUAAUGAUAAUGUUGAUAAUUUAAAUCAUAAUCAUAAUGACAAUUCUAUCCAACAUCACGAUAAUUUAACACGGACUUCUUCGAAAAUAAAGCGUCAAUUACAACAGCAGGUCAUAAUUUCAUCUUCGAUUGACAACAAUAUAACAUUGCCAGCGAAAAUAACAUCAUAUUCAACAUUAAUGGAACCAAAAACACUUAUUCUUGAUUUGGAUGAGACUCUGAUUCAUUCAGCCUUAGGAGGAUCACGAGCUGCUGCGCAAAUGAUUGAAGUUAUGGUUGAUAAACAUGCUUGUCUAUAUUAUGUUCACAAAAGGCCACAUGUUGAUCGAUUUUUGAAAAAGGUAAGCGAGUGGUAUAAAGUGGUUAUUUUUACUGCUUCUAUGUCAGAAUAUGCGGACCCCGUCAUUGAUUGGUUAGAUCCAAACAAAAAUUUGAUAUCAAAUCGAUACUUUCGUGAGUCAUGUACAAAUCGCAGUGGCGCAUAUGUUAAAGAUCUUACUAAAGUCGAGCCUGAUCUUUCUAAGGUUUGUCUGAUAGACAAUUCGCCUAUCUCAUAUUCGUUGCAACAAGAUAAUCCAAUCAUUACAGAAAACGGGAUACCUAUCAAGGAAUGGAUUAAUGACCCAAAAGAUGAGGCACUUUUGGAUUUGCUACCAUUUCUAGAUGCUUUAAGAUUUACAGAAGAUAAACGUGGACUUUUAGAAAAAAACACAGCCAGUAAUAGGCAUAGUUGGCUUGGAUAA